AUGGAGUUCCUUUGGAUGAUCUUGACACUCUGCACCCUGGUCAAAACCAAUCCAGCAGAUGUACUCACGAGUGGACCCCCUACGGGAAUUGUUCUCCGUGAUGAUCCAGGACUCCUUAUAACCAUCUGCAGAGUACACACGCCUAGAUGCAGAGAACGUGUACCGCCAACACAUUUCUCCUGCAGCACAUAUGAGUUGGGCCGGGGCUGACUGGACCAACCAGACAGUUAAGCACCCUCAGCUAAACACUGCCCACAUGUUGGCCCAACUCCAAAAGUUCACAGUCACCCAGUCAGAACUAGCAGAGCCCAGGUGAGAAAAACGAUUCCUCGGGCGCUAUUCUCAAUAGGUGCAGCCGUAAGGUCACUAUUUGCUCUAGGUACCACUGCCGUCAACGCAGUCAGUCUAGCCACGGUCAAAAGAAAUGUUAGGGAGAUUUCUGAAGAGAUGCCACUUAUCCAGCAACAGAUGCAAUCACAGGCACUCAGGUUGCAGCAUGUGGGAAGGUCUCUCCAGGACACUAUUCUGGUGGUAAACACACAUGCUACUCUCCUGAACAAAACCCUCGUAUCGGUAGGCAAGCUAGUAGAGGUCAUGAACCAUGACUAUGCCCAUGUCCAAUUGGUUCGAUUGUUGUUGGAGGAUUUUCUCAGUGAAGUUAGCUCUUUUAUGGACCACUUGGCCAUGAAUAGAAUCCCCUCAUAUCUAGUGCCCCUCUCAAUUGUGCACAACAUAUUGACCUCAGCUACCACAACCAUGAUAAAGCCAUUACAGUCACACCUGGCCUAUAGUCUGGGGUCUGCAAUUCCAAUACACGUUGAUGUUAAUCCAAAUGAAGUGGGAUGUUUACUGACGCUGCCGGUUGCUGAACUGGAGAAUAUCUAUAGGUUGAAAACAGUUCUAAAUGUAGGAUUUUGGCGCGACAACACCCAUGUGAAAAUCAUCACACCACCAGUCAUAGCUUAUCAGGAACACAAUCCAGAUUUCUAUCUCAACCCUAACCUGUUAAUGUGUACUCUAACCAAAGACGUCCACUACUUGUGUCCUAGCAAACCCUUCGUCAGGGAUAACAAUGAGCGCCUUUGUGGCCUUAAGCCUAUCACGAGCAAAGAACGCUCUAGAGCCAAACUAACAGCAAGCGGUGGAGUCAUCACCACGCAAGUGGAAGUGGUAGGGAAUCAAUGGCUGAUUAACACCCCAUUCACGUCCGCUACUAUAACUUACGAACGCCAUGACUCAACCACUCAACUGAACCUCCCCAAUCAGACAAUUUUUGUUAAGGUACCAGAGGGGGCGAUUAUCCACAUAGACGACUUAGCCCUAUACCAACUUCCUGACGACAGGAUAGACACAGAUAUUGAAAUGCCUGACGCUUUUGCUAAAUGUUCCCUUGAGUUACCACCAGCUAUUCAAAACCAAAUUAAGUAUGAGGGACCGAUGACUGUUGAUCUUAGCGUACUGAAUGAGGCACUUUUAGUUGACCCGAUUGGAUAUAAGCCAAAAUAUUUGUCUGUCACACGCUCUUGGACGGUGCCAGACAGUAUCCUGAUUCUCUUACCAACAGGGUGGGGGUGGGGGGGGGGGGGGGGUCUUGACACCUUAAUACUGCCAUAAAUUAGAGGAGGAGAAUAUAUAUCUGGCAUUCUAGUAUGGUGAAAGGAAUGCCUUUGUUUCAGAUACUUUUUGCUGCCCAAAAAUAGUUAUGCACGCUCAAGUUUUCAGUUUUUCUUGUUUAUUUCACAAUAAAAAACUAUUUUGCAUCUUCAAAGUGGUAGGCAUGUUGUGUAAAUCAAAUGAUACAAACCCCCACAAAAUCAAUUUUAAUUCCAGGUUGUAAGGCAACAAAAUAGGAAAAAUGCCAAGGGUGUUGAAUACUUUCGCAAGCCACUGUAUAUCAGGUUUACAGUGAGGGAAAAAAGUAUUUGAUCCCCUGCUGAUUUUGUACGUUUGCCCACUGACAAAGACACGAUCAGUCUAUAAUUUUAAUGGUAGGUUUAUUUGAACAGUGAGAGACAGAAUAACCAAAAAAAAAUCCAGAAAAACGCAUGUCAAAAAUGUUAUGAAUUGUUUUGCAUUUUAACCCUCAGCAAAACAUGACUUAGUACUUGGUGGCAAAACCCUUGUUGGCAAUCACAGAGGUCAGACGUUUCUUGUAGUUGGCCACCAGGUUUGCACACAUCUCAGGAGGGAUUUUGUUCCACUCCUCUUUGCAGAUCUUCUCCAAGUCAUUAAGGUUUCGAGGCUGACGUUUGGCAACUCGAACCUUCAGCUCCCUCCACAGAUUUUCUAUGUGAUUAAGGUCUGGAGACAGGCUAGGCAACUCCAAGACCUUAAUGUGCUUCUUCUUGAGCCAUUCCUUUGUUGCCUUGGCUGUGUGUUUUGUGUCAUUGUCAUGCUGGAAUACCCAUCCACGACCCAUUUUCAAUGCCCUGGCUGAGGGAAGGAGGUUCUCACCCAAGAUUUGACAGUACAUGGCCCCGUCUAUCGUCCCUUUGAUGCGGUGAAGUUGUCCUGUCCCCUUUGCAGAAAAAUACCCCCAGAGCAUAAUGUUUCCACCUCCACGUUUGACGGUGGGGAUGGUGUUCUUGGGGUCAUAGGCAGCAUUCCUCCUCCUCCAAACACGGCGAGUUGAGUUGAUGCCAAAGAGCUCAAUUUUGGUCUCAUCUGACCACAACACUUUCACCCAGUUCUCCUCUGAAUCAUUCAGAUGUUCAUUGGCAAACUUCAGACGGCCCUGUAUAUGUGCUUUCUUGAGCAGGGGAACCUUGCGGGCGCUGCAGGAUUUCAGUCCUUCACGGCAUAGUGUGUUACCAAAUGUUUUCUUGGUGACUAUGGUCCCAGCUGCCUUGAGAUCAUUGACAAGAUCCUCCCGUGUAGUUCUGGGCUGAUUCCUCACCGUUCUCAUGAUCAUUGCAACUCCACGAGGUGAGAUCUUGCAUGGAGCCCCAGGCCGAGGGAGAUUGACAGGUCUUUUGUGUUUCUUCUAUUUGCGAAUAAUCGCACCAACUGUUGUCACCUUCUCAUCAAGCUGCUUGGUGAUGGUCUUGUAGCCCAUUCCAUUUUUUUGUUGUUAUUCUGUCUCUCACUGUUCAAAUAAACCUACCAUUAAAAUUAUAGACUGAUCAUUUCUUUGACAGUGGGCAAACGUACAAAAUCAGCAGGGGAUCAAAUACUUUUUUCCCUCACUCUUUAUCCCUUCACGUUGUGUAGAAAAUAUCAAGGAGGAAGACAAUGUUUUUGUGAAUAAAUGAAUGUGAUUUUAGCUCUCUAACAAAAUCAUAGUGAUGAUAAUACUUUUGCCUCGUAACUAGCCACACCCGAGGGAGCUCAGAGAGCGUGUCAGUAUGACGGAAACGCCCCUCUUUACCAGAGUGCAUAAAAUAUUGAGAUAACAAUGAUCAGAUCAGACUAGACGGACCUCAAGCUGCAGCUUUUGUCCAUAUUGGUCCCGACCCUGAAAAUCAACACGAGGUGAAGACCACAAAGUUGCCUCCACUAACAAUCAAUGUUACGGCUGAGUAGCUGUUCUAAGUAUUGUAUCUAAGAAGGUGAAUUUAAGUGAGACCAUCCUGUUACUCUCUUCAAGCCAUCGUCUACUACACUGCUCUCAUCACCCCACAGGGGAUCAUCGACACAGCUGAAUAGCCAUCCUCAGAAGACCACUUCCAGAACGAGUGAAAGUAAACAGAAAUCUAAGAAGAAGGACAUUAUGACCUCUUGUGGACAAUCUGAGCCUUAAAUCUAAAAGGCCAUCCGAAAGAGAAUGACCAAUCGACCCCUUCCCAUGAAUGGUCCAACAGAGAUACACGACGAAGACCUCCAACACGUAAAUACAUGCAUUGCUUUUCUUCCCAAACGGGCCGCAGUUCGGGGCAAAGUAUUAGGAUUACUGUGAGCGUAGGUCCAUGUGUAUCCAAGUGUUUUUUCUCUCUCUCUCUCUCCCUCUCUUUCUCUCUCUCUUUAACUCGCCAUCUUUUGUAACAAGUGUCUUAUUGUGUUAGUCCGCUAGCGACCAGUUUUCAUUGUAUUAAGUUUCUAAUCCCUACCUGUACCGUGUACGUGUUUUUAUCUUGUGUUAUCAUUUUUAAUUAGUUAGUAAAUAAAAAAUUAAAUCAAUUUGUGUGGUAUAGAAUGAUCAGUAAGACCCGGGUUCGUGCAGACUUAAAGAGCCUACAACUUUCAGAAUGAGACUGAUAUGAGGUAAAUGAUUAAUAAAUGACUGAUAAAUGAUAAGAGAUAUCUAGAUAUCUUUAGAGUUAAUUUAGAGAAACGGUAACUCGUUAAACAACUUUUCCCGUGGUGCCCCAAAUUCCUAAUGAGUUCAUUGUUACAUGAUUAAUUUAAUCUAGUAACAAUUAAACAUAGUAGGUAAUUAUUCGAUAAAUAAUAGUCAUCACAAUAAUGAAAGUCACGUUACGACAGUAGUUACAUAGGUUUUACUAUGUAAUUACAUGGUAAAAGGGUUGUUUGUGGAGUCAGUUAUUACACAAUUGGAACAAGGAAUGUGUAAUUACACAUUCACUUGCUGAAGGUUAUUCCACAUCUGUAACUACUGAUGUUAUUAUAUAUUAUCUUAUUCCACUAUGUAACUAAUGUUUUGUAAUUACUAAUUUGAAAGUCACCUGUGAAUUACCCUGUUAACAACUCAAACCAAAAUAUCACCUUGAUACCUUGUGUUGAAGCCACAUGUAAUACCACGGUUGAUAAAUUGGCUAGGACCAGGUAAUAACAAUUGUAACAAAGGCACACCCUGCCAUUAACUCCAGGUCAUUUUCAAUCAGUUUAUUUCUACGUUAUGACCUGGCUCAAAGGCUAUACUGAAUCAAGUGUAAUGUAAGAACAAUGUAGUUACAUAGGAUAUACUUGUAAUUAUCAUGUACCUAGCCAGGAGAAAGCAACGUAAUGUAUAUGUGGAAGUGCGACAUCGGCGGAUGCGGCGGAUUGAGACGCAUCCAAUGCUAGAUAUCUCUAGACCAUCUGUCUCAAGGCCCUUAUUGAAUUUGUCUUCAGACCAUGACCAACUCAACCCGUCUAGGCACAAAGGUGAGUCCAAGGUCCACAAACCAAUUAAAAUAUAAUUGACUGGAUCAUUUGUUAUUUUGUCAAUCAAUACUGAAAACACUGUGGUUGGAUGUAAUUUGUACAAAAUACCUAACGGUAAUAUAAUAGUUUUUCUGUGCUUUUUUAUUCAUAAUCAUCACUAUAGGACAAUCACAAUAACCCAACACCCUCCUCCCCCCCCCCCCUCCCUUUAGAAACAGCAAAAUGAAGAAGAAGAAGAAGAAGAAGAAGAAGAAGAAGAAGAAGAAGAAGAAGAAGAAGAAGAAGAAGAAGAAGAAGAAGAAGAAGAAGAAGAAGAAGAAGAAGAAGCAUUACAAAAUCCACCCUUGGAAGAAAAAUCAACAGAAAAAUGUACAAGACAUACAG